AAAUACAUCCAGACAAACCCCAUGACAACAGGGAAGCGGCUGUGCUGGCUUGAUGGAAGUAUCGUUCAAUCAACCAGCUAAAGCUUAAAAACUUUAGAUCGCUUGUAGAGUUAAUCAGUGCACGAAGGACAACUAUGGCUGCUUUCUUGAAAGAGACUCAAAGCAUCAAAGAGGCAGUAUCUCUCAUCAAUGGAAUCGAUCAGAACAAGUUUUCCAGAUUGCUGUCGCGGAUUCUACAGAAGCUUCAUCUGAAGGGGGAACGCACCUUCAGCGAGGAGGAGGAAGAUAAAUUACAGGCUGCUCUCUCGUUGGAUAAGCAGGCUCUGGGGUUGGUGCUGGAGACGUCAGCCUUCAUUCUAGAACAGGCUGUGUACAACAAUGUGAAGCCUGCGGCUCUGAAGCUGCAGCUGGAGGCUGUGAAUCUGUCCCCAGAGAGGGCUGAGGCGGUCAGCCAGGCGUGGGCCUCCGCUGGCCCCGACCUGGCGGAGAGGCUUCGCCAGGGGAUAUUCACCCCCAAGAAGCUGGAGCAGGUCGGCUGGCAGCUGAACCUGCAGAUGGCCCAGUCCAGACAAGCCAAGCUGAAGGCUCCACAUGUAAUCCUGGAGCUGGGCCUAAGCACUGAGGCCUCUGAGGGUGUGGAGAAGGUGUUUGUGGAGUUCAGCCACCAGGAACUUCUAGAUUUCUACAACAAGCUGGAGACGGUCCAAACCCAGUUAGACUCCCUGACCUAACGGCUGUUCCUGACUGACAGGCAGCAGGGCCGCCCCAGAGACCUCCUCUAACGCACCCGGACAAAGCAGCGAACACUGCUAGCAGACCUGGGGCUGUGGGCUACUUACACAGGAUCAUAUGCUAUAUUUGAGGUGAAUUUGAUUCGUAACCCUCGAGAAACACAUUGGUUUCAUUGCGUCAGAGUGAACCGAAUCGAGUGCACCUCAAGUGUUGGAUAUACGGGAUCAUGACCUAGGGUUUGCUGGUGGGGCUGUUUGUUUCAUCUGCUCCUGCAUGCCUGAUAACAUACUGAUGGGAACUGGAAGACUGUUAACUGUGUUUCACUCAUUAAUUACAUUGUUUGUACCUUUAUGGAUUAUCGAGACAUUAUUGAUACAGCAGAAGCAUAUUUUGUCACAGAUUGCUGUGGAAUCAUCGAUCUGUCUAAUAUGAUGCGUUGUGAUCUGGUGUAACAUACACGUACAGGGCGUUUUUCACUCUCAAUAAACACCGUGAAUACUGAU